AAUUUUCCAGUUGGAAUAUUGACAUGAGCAGGUAGUGGUUUUCGUGUUUUCGGUUUAUUGUUGUAGCGGAAGGCAAUUUUCAUGAAAAUGGAAUGAUUUUUCCGUACUCCAUUGUGAUAUUUUAGACUAGCAAUAUAUGUCCCAAUAUUCAGAUGUAAAUAGUAUCUCAUCGAUGUGAAUUCAAUUAAUAACAGUUCGAAAAAUUAAAUCUCUGGCUGUUGAUAACCUUAGGUUAAUUUAAGUAUGAGAAACCUUGGAAUUUAUUUCGUUUUGUGCGUUUUAUUUGUUUCCACUAUUAACGCAAAAAAUAAAAAAUCAAAAUCAGUUACCACUCUAUUGGAAGCUAAAUGGGAAGCUACACCUUUAUUAUUGGAGGUUGCAGAAUAUUUAGCUGACGAAAAUGUAGAUUUUUACUGGAAUUUUAUAGAUUCUAUAUGCAAAUUGAACCCUCCGCUAAAUGAAAGGGAAAACGACAAAGCUAAAUACGAUGCUGUGAUAGAGAUAGCUGGCAAGACAAUCACACCAGCUGAACUAGAAGUACUAAAAUUAGGCCUUUCACUUCAUAUAUAUUCGCCUAAAAUUCAAAUGUUUAAUCAGAUUGCCUCAGAGAGAAAUUUACCAGUGUGCUCUAUAGUAGUUGAUAUUAAUGGCCAUUUGAUAUGUUCGUUAGAGGAAUUAAAAAGUUAUUUCAAAAAAAGUCCAUUGCAAGUAAAAGACAAACCAGAAAUAUUCAAUGUGGAUACACAUUUUCCUGGUUCCCAAAAUCGAAGCAAUAUAGCAAUUUUAUAUGGUGAAUUAGGAUCUAGUGAAUUUGCACAAUUCCAUAGUAUUUUGUCCAAGAAAGCUGAAGAAGGUUUUAUCGAUUAUAUUAUAAGACAUUUGGUGAAGCAUGAGAAUGGAAGAAAACUAAGACUUUCUGGCUAUGGUGUAGAGCUACAAAUGAAAUCAACAGAAUACAAAGCUCAAGACGAUGCUGAAAUUCAUGAUAGCCAGUUGGAAGAAUCUGGGCAAGAGGAGGAAGAGUCAGAAAUUGAAGGAUUUGACUUCUCAAAAUUGAAGACCUUGUUUCCUGACAAAGUCAACGAGUUGAAUAAAUUCAAGCAACAUUUAGAAGAAUCUUCAAAUGAGAUGGCUCCAUUAAAAGUUUGGCAAUUUCAAGAACUUAGUCUUCAGGCUGCUGAACGUAUUAUGAAUGCUCCUAAAGAAGAAUCGUUAAAUGUUCUCACUUAUGUUGCUCAAAAUUUCCCUAUGCUGGCUAAGAGUUUGGUUAAGACUACAGUGAACUCAAAACUGAAAAAAGAGGUGAAGAAAAAUCAGGAAAUAUUUGCUCUUACUCUCAAUCUUCAACCCCAGGAUACAGCUCUAUUUAUCAAUGGCAUGUUUUUCGAUGUUGAUGUCAUGGAUGUUUAUGGAAUCUUAGAUAUCAUCAGACAAGAACUUCGUACCAUGGAAGGCCUAAAUAAGAUUGGUGUUAGUGCCAAACAAUUGAGUUCUCUGUUAGCAUUAGAUUUCACUGAAGCUGGUAGUACACAGGAGUUUGCAAUAGACAUUAGGGACAGCGCUAUUCUCUGGGUCAAUAAUAUUGAAACCGAUCCAAAAUAUAACCGAUGGUCAUCGAGCUUGAUGGAUCUACUGAGACCCUCAUUUCCUGGUAUGAUGAGACAGGUCAAGAAAAACCUAUUUAACUUGGUUUUGAUAAUUGAUCCAACUGAUACCAAGACCAGAGGGGUUGUGAAACUCAUUGAAUCAUUUGUGGUACACACAGCUCCUCUCAGAGUAGGUCUAGUAUUCAAGGUUGAUCCUUCUAGUAGUCUGACAGGUUUGGAUGAUGCCGGGGUAGCCAUGCAAUGUGCCUUUAAUUAUGUGUCUCAGAUGAAAACACCUCAAAAUGCGGUCUCUUUUUUGAAAAAUGUAAUGGUUGCUGCUGGUGAAAAAAAGGUUACUGUUGACAAUGUAAAGGCUCAACUUAAGAAGGAAUAUGAGGCAGAUAUCGACGAAGUCUUGGGUUCCUAUUCUGAUUAUGAUUUUGGACGACAAUUAUCAUAUGACUUUAUUCAGCGUUUGGGUAGAAGUGAUUUUCCACAAGCACUCAUAAAUGGUAUCCCUCUUCCAGCUAAUCAAGUGAAUGUAGAUGAUUUCGAAGAAGCAGUGCUCAGUGAAGUUAUGACUCAGACUCAGACACUACAAAGAGCCAUUUAUCGCGGGAAAUUAUCAGAUGUCGAUGAUGUGGUUGAUCACAUGAUGAAUCAACCUAAUGUUAUGCCUAGGUUGACAGAACGUGUCUUGAACAAGGAAAAAUCUACAAAUCUGGACAUGCUCGGAACACCAUCAAGUAUAACAGAUGUAAAGAACCUAAUCAAGUUGAGUCCUAGGGACAUGACAGCCACUGCUUUGGAAAAUGUGAAGUAUUUCACAGUAUCCAAGAAAGGACGAAAAUUCCAUACAUUCACAUAUUGGAUUGUAGGAGAUUUAAGUGGAAAAGAAUCUAGAGAAAUUUUAGUAGCUGCUCUUGAACAUGCUAAAACGGAAUCUGACAUAAGGGUGACUUUUAUGCCGAAUGUUGAGGGAUCCAAUAAGAACUCCUUGAAUAAAGUCAUUAUUUCAGCACUGGAAACUCUGCCAGCAGAUAAGGCACUAGUUUUUGCAUUAAAUCUUUUGAAAAAUCAAGAUGAAUGUAAUAAAAUACAAAAAGGGGAUUUGUCUACCUUACCUGCCGAAGUGAAAUCAAAAGUAGAAAGUCAAGAAUUGAACUUGAAAAUGUUGAGGGUCUAUUGUCAAAGGGUUUUGGGUUUAGGUGUUGGGCAGCGAGCAAUUGUAGCUAAUGGAAGGAUACUAGGUCCGUUAGAUGAUGAUGAGGCAUUUGUUGAAGAGGACUUUGGCCUCUUUGAGAGGUACAGUUCGGUUCAAUAUCUUGAUAAAAUUGUUGAAUCUUUAUCUAAAGAAACUGAUGAUGCUCAAGAUAUAACAAGUGAUUCGUUACUCAAAAUUAUUUCUCUAUUGAUAUCGAAACCUCAAUCUAAAUCUAGAUUUGAGGUUAAAGGAGAAACAGAGACACACUCAGUUGUCAAAAUUCCUGCAAGACAUGCAGAUAGUGUUGCUUUCGAAUUGACGGCUAUAGUAGAUCCAGUUUCUCGAGGUGCUCAGAAGUUGGGGCCCAUUCUGCAAGUUCUUCAUGAAGUUUUGAAUUGCAACAUAAGAAUUUUCUUGAACAGUGUUGAAAAGAAUAGUGAUAUGCCUCUGAAAAGUUUUUACCGUUUUGUUCUCGAAAAAGAGAUUCAGUUCUCUGAAAACGGAAAACAACUCCCCGGUCCAAUAGCGAAAUUUGCAAACAUGCCAACAUCACCACUACUCACCCAGAACUACCAUGUACCUGAAAACUGGCUUGUGGAAGUAGUCAGAUCUGUCUACGAUUUGGACAACAUCAGAUUAGAGAAUGUUGACAGUAAUGUACAUAGUGAAUAUGAACUUGAGUACUUGCUCUUGGAAGGUCACUGUUUCGAUGUCACAUCUGGAAGUCCCCCCAGAGGUCUUCAAAUUACUCUUGGUACUGAAAGCCAUCCAGUAAUUGUCGAUACAAUUGUUAUGGCUAAUCUUGGUUAUUUUCAACUUAAAGCCAACCCUGGUGCUUGGCUUUUGAGGCUAAGGCAGGGUAGAAGCUCCGAAAUUUAUGACAUUGUCAGUCACGAUGGAACAGAUACUCCGGCUAAUUCCACUGAUAUCAAAGUUCUGAUUAGUUCUCUGAGAUCUCAUAUUGUUAGAUUAAAAGUGCAAAAGAAACCUGACAAGUUUAACAUGGACUUGUUAUCUGAAGAUGAUUCGCCAACUGGAAUUUGGAACUCAAUUGCAAGUUCCUUUGGUGGCAAUGAAGAUGAACCAGAAGAGAAACUAAAUAUAUUCUCUUUAGCCUCUGGACAUUUGUACGAAAGGUUUUUAAGAAUUAUGAUGUUAUCAGUACUUAAAAACACCAAAACACCAGUGAAGUUUUGGUUCCUGAAAAACUAUCUAUCUCCACAAAUAAAGGAUUUCUUGCCUUACAUGGCUAAAGAAUAUGGAUUUGAGUAUGAACUAGUUCAAUACAAAUGGCCUAGAUGGUUGCAUCAGCAAACUGAAAAACAAAGAACAAUUUGGGGAUACAAAAUAUUGUUCUUGGAUGUACUCUUCCCGCUAGAUGUCAAAAAAAUCAUUUUUGUAGAUGCAGAUCAGGUAGUUAGAGCCGAUCUAAGGGAGUUGCAGCAGUUAGAUUUAGGGGGAGCUCCAUAUGGUUACACUCCUUUCUGCGAUUCUAGAAAGGAGAUGGAUGGUUUCCGAUUUUGGAGACAGGGUUAUUGGAGGAACCAUCUUCAAGGCAGAAGAUAUCACAUUUCUGCUCUUUAUGUUGUUGAUCUCAAAAGGUUCCGUAGAAUAGCUGCUGGAGACAGGCUUAGAGGCCAGUAUCAAGCACUGAGUCAAGAUCCGAACAGUUUAUCCAACUUGGAUCAAGACUUACCUAAUAACAUGAUUCAUCAGGUGGCUAUCAAGUCCCUACCUCAAGAAUGGUUGUGGUGUGAAACUUGGUGUGAUGAUAAUUCGAAGAAAACAGCUAAGACCAUCGAUUUGUGUAAUAAUCCUUUGACAAAAGAAGCCAAAUUGUCAGCUGCAGUCAGGAUAGUUCCAGAAUGGCAAAAUUAUGAUAAUGAAGUAAGGCAGCUUCAAAAGAAAAUCGAUUCUGGGGUACUGGAUGAGGAUCCUGCAGCGGAAAAUGAAAAGAAUAUACCUGACAGUACAGAUGUACAUACAGAAUUGUAGGGAUGUCAAAUUGAUUUAUAUACAAAUUUUUCGAUUAAAAAGUCACUAUUUA